AUGCCGCGCAAGAGAAGACAUGGGAAGCCAUGCACUUACCGGCAGAUUGCUGCCCAUACCAGACGCUCAGAGGCUCAAACGUCAGCCGACAAUGCAUUGCAAGACACAGCGAAUGUACAAAAAAAGUUAAAGAAACGCGACAUACGCAAUAGUAAGGCGGUGGUCGAGGGAGGCAAGUAUACCGUUGCCUUUAUUCGCAACUUGGACUUUAAUGUCCGCGCAUCUGAACUGGUAUGCCUAGUUUCACCUUGUUUUGAUGUAUCACGAAGCUAUAUAAAUAGCAUGCUGUGGUGUGCACAAUCUGAAAAGCACUUAGAAUAGCCACCGUACUGAUGAUAUAAUAAAUGUAAAAGCAUCUCGUUCCUA